GUCCAGCCAGGCAGGAAGCCCGAGGUCAGCCGGCCACAGCCCAGAGCAGUGAGCACCCAGCCCCACCAACAUGUGGGUACUCUUGCUGCUGUGGCCUCUGGCCCUGGGGUUCAGCUUGGGUGACACCCAGACCCCCAUCAGCUAUGAGGAGGUGGGGAGCGCAGCAGAAGGCGAUGACAGCACACCGAGGCCCCACCCCCGCAGCUUCCCUGGCCAGCCCUGUGCCAAUGACAGCAACACUCUGGAGCUCCCUCCCAACUCUCGGGCCCUGCUGCUGGGCUGGGUGCCCACGAAGCUGGUGCCUGCACUCUACGGGCUGGUCCUGGCAGUGGGGCUGCCUGCCAACAGCCUGGCGCUGUGGGUGCUGGCCACACAGGUGCCCCGACUGCCCUCCACCAUGCUGCUGAUGAACCUGGCGGCCGCUGACCUGCUGCUGGCCCUGGCGCUGCCGCCGCGGAUUGCCUACCACCUGCGGGGCCAGCGCUGGCCCUUCGGCGAGGCCGCCUGCCGCCUGGACACGGCCGCGCUCUACGGCCACCUGUACGGCUCCCUGUUGCUGCUGGCCGCUGUCAGCCUGGACCGCUACCUGGCCGUGGUGCACCCGCUGCGGGCCCGCACCCUGCGAGGCCAGCGCCUGGCCAGCGGGCUCUGCGUCACAGCCUGGCUGGCGGCAGCUGCCCUGGCGAUGCCCCUGGCACUGCAGCAGCAGACCUUCCGGCUGUCGCGCUCCGACCACGUGCUGUGUCACGACGUGCUGCCCACCGGGGCCCAGGCCUCCUACUGGCGGCCCGCCUUCAUCUGCCUGGCGGGGUUCGGCUGCUUCCUGCCGCUGCUGGCCAUGGUGCUGAGCUACGGGGCCACUCUGCGCACGCUGGCGGCUGGGGGCCGGCGCUACGGCCACGCGCUGCGGCUGACCGCGCUGGUGCUGGCCUCCGCCGUGGCCCUCUUCGCACCUAGCAACAUGCUGCUGCUGCUGCACUUCUCAAACCCCGGCCCUGACGCCUGGGGGGACCUGUACGCCGCCUACGUGCCCAGCCUGGCGCUCAGCACCCUCAACAGCUGCGUGGACCCCUUCAUCUAUUACUUCGUGUCUGCCGAGUUCAGGAGCAAGGUGCAGGAGGGGUUGCUCCGCCGGGGACCCGGCACCGCCACGGCCUCCAGGGAGGGCGGCAGCCGGGCGAUGGGGACCCGGUCCUCCUCGCUCGUGUGACAGGCCCUUCACAGGCUGGAUGAACAGGAAGGGAGUCAUUCUGGGUUGAAUAGGGUCCCCUCCAGAUUCACAUCCACUGAGAACCUCCCAAAGUGAGCUUAUUCGGAAACAGGGUCUUUGCAGGUGUGAUUAGCUAGAAUGAGAUCACACUGGAGUGCAGGGUGGGCCCUAAAUCCAACGUGACUGGUGUCCUUACAAGAAGAGGAUGCAGAGACAUACAGGGAAGAAGGCCACUUGACAGCGGGGGCAGAGGUGGGGUGAUGUGGCCCCAAGCAGGCUGCUGGCAGCGACUAGAAGCAGCCAGGGGGGCAGCCUGGGGUAGUCUCCCUCAGAGCCCCUGGAGGGAGCAGCGCUGCCUACACCUUAAUCUCGGAUGUCUAGCCUCCAGAGCUGCCAGAGAAUAAACUUCUGUUGUUUG